AUGAAGCCUCAUAUCACCAAGUGUAAACUACCACAGUCGGUCACUGGCCUUGCUCUUAACUUCUUUCAGGCUGUGAGCCGGAAGGAAAUAAAACAAGAGCCUGCUGCCGGUGCCACAGAGUUCAAGCGUUUGCUACAUCUCUUGCACAUAUUUUUCUUCUGCAUGGAAAGUCAUAUCACUCAUGGCUGGAGUUUUCCUUCUCCUUCUCACUUCAUUGCGGACAUGCUAUACAAUUCAUCCUAUCGCCACCGAGUUUCGGACUACUUCUUCCAACAUUCAAAGAGAAAUACCACUUGGUGCUACGAGCUACUUGUGAGAUGGGGUUCCUUUGCUGUUGGGGAUGGACCAUCAUUUGAGUUUAAUAAGCGAUUGUUUCUUUUAAAAUGGGGUUCUGUUCUUGUCAACCAAAAAAAUAAAUAA